CUGUUGCCACCGCCGCCGCCCGCCACCCUGGUUGGUUGUUGGUUGGCCUGGUUAGUAUUUUUCAUUGCGUCUUCCUCCUUCAACGUCCAUUUUUCUUCCCUUAGUUCCUACACUUCGGUUCGGCACAAGCAAUGGCAGCAGAACCUGAGAGAGUUGGUGAUGCCUCAGAUGAAGUAGAGGACAUGGAAGACGAAGAGGAAACCGGAGCUGACAUCAGCUCUGCAAUACUUCGACGUCCUGAUCUGUUGGCAGCCCUGCAAGGACAGCUGCAUCAGGAGAUGUUGCAGAAUCUUCCUGCUCCCGUCAAACGUAGAAUUAAAGCUUUAAAAAAGCUGCAGCUAGAAGCAACACACAUAGAGGCAAAAUUUUAUGAAGAAGUCCAUGAAUUAGAAUGCAAAUAUCAUCAGUUGUACACUCCACUGUACAAAAAGAGGUCCACAGUGGUCCAAGGCCUGUACGAACCUAAUGAUGAGGAAUGCGACUUUCCCUCCGAUGAAGAGACAGAGGAGGACUUGAGCAACGAAAUCAAAACCAAAGUCAAGAUUGAGGACGUUACGGAGACCAAGGAACCAGCCACUGAAGAAGAAAAGAACAAGGCUAACGCCAACGGUAUCCCGGACUUCUGGUUGACCAUCUUCAAGAAUGUUGCUAUUCUUUCGGAAAUGGUUCAAGAACACGAUGAGCCGAUCCUCAAACAUCUGAUUGACGUAAAAGUCAAUCUCCUCAAGGCAGACCCUAUGGGUUUUGUCCUCGAGUUUCACUUCUCUCCAAAUGAGUACUUCAACAACACGGUCCUGACCAAGGAGUACGAGAUGAAAUGUUCCCCAGAUGAAUCUGAUCCUUUCAGUUUUGAAGGUCCGGAGAUCUACAAAUGCAAGGGUUGCACAAUAGAUUGGAAAAAGAACAAGAACGUCACAGUAAAAACAAUCAAGAAGAAGCAGAAGCACAAGUCUCGAGGAUCCGUUCGAACCAUUACCAAGACCAUUCAGAAUGAUUCCUUCUUUAACUUCUUCAACCCACCAGUCAUGCCCGAAGAUCCCGAGGCUGAAGUAGACGAAGAUACUCAGUCCCUCCUUACCAGCGAUUUUGAGAUCGGCCACUACAUCAGGGAAAGAAUCGUUCCCAAGGCAGUUCUCUUCUUUACCGGUGAAGCGUUGGACGAUGACGAAGAGGAAGACUUUGAUGAAGAAGAAGAGGAAGAGGAAGAAGAAGAGGGAGAAGGCAGUGACGACGACCCUGAAUUCAACCCCAACAACCCUAGGCUACCUAAGACCAAGAAGAGCAAUGGAACCCAACCAGCCGAGUGCAAACAACAGUAACGUUAACCUCACAAGUGUAUCUAGCUCGUGAUAUUUAAAUUUUAGGAGUACUUGUUAACUUUUCAUACUUAAGAGAUGAGAUCACUUUUUGUUUCGAGAAUUAAUUGUUAUUGUUAAGCCUAUGUUUGUAACCGUUCCGCAUUGAUGUGCAACAUUAUCGUUUGCUUUUCCCGAACUAUACUAUUAUUUUUGGAAACAUAUAAAUAUAAAUCUUUUGUAAA